AUGCAGCAUAACGAGAAUAAGAAUGGAUCGCCUCUGCAGAAGUUCAAACCCCGUGGGGCGCAGCGGCUGACGGACAUUUUAAAACCGGACGUCCUCGACGAUGACACGCGGCGGCGUAUUGUGCGGGAUGUGAUGAUGGACGCUGGCCCUAACCAACGCAGCAACUCGGAGGGAAGUCACCCGGCGAACUUUCGAGAUCGCGUUGCAGGCGGAAACGGGGAUCUUCUUAGUGCUAUGGCGCAGAGACUAAAAACGUUGGAAGCACAACAACAGGCAUAUCGUAUGGAGUUAAUGGAAAAAACGGAAAAACUUUCACGCGCUGAGGCGAGGUAUGAAUCAGAGAAAAGUAAACGUGAAGAAGUAGAAACUGCCAUGUUAGAAUUGUAUAAUGAGAAGGAGGAAUUAGAACGACAAGUAGAGGAAAUGCAUAAGUUUCUUGCCGAUUAUGGACUUCGUUGGGUAGGUGAUAAAAAUGAUAAGAUUAAUUCUCGAAAAGGAAGCCGAGGAGGGAUAUCAUCAAGGAAAUCAACAACUUCACCGUUGACACCUGGUAUUACUGAUCCUAUUGGAGAACGUUUUGAAUUAUAUGCAGGAAAUUAUACAAAUGCAACUCCAGUAAUUUCUCGGAGUCCAACACCAACUUCUGGACGUAAAAGUAAUCCUACAAUACAGCAAGAUCAUUUAUCAAAGGUUAUCGCAAGAAAGGAUUCGAGAAAUGUGGAUCACCCUACACUUCCUGUUUCCAUAGAUGUUCUUAUACGACAUGCAAAAAUUCUUUCAGAUCAUGUUGGAACUAAAGGUGUGGUUUCAAAUGGAAAACAAGGUGGAAUUAAGGAACGUGAAGUAGUACGUAUAGUUGUUUAUCAAGAUGGUAUUUGUGUUAAUGGUGGACCUUUUAGACCUUUUGGUUGGCCACUAUGUGAUGCUGUGAUAAAUGACCUAGCGGAGGGUUACUACCCAUAUGAAUUUAAAGAUCGAUAUCCUGAUGGAUUUCCUAUUGAAGUCAUUGAUAAAACAUCUGUACGAUGUACUCCUGUCAGUAGUGGUAGUGGUAAUAAUAAUAAUAGUAGUGGUGGUGCUAAUCGUCGCGAUAAUAUUCACAGUCUACAUCAAGGAGAGAAGAACAGUCACCAACCUCUCUCUCGUGAAGAAUUCCUCACUCGAUUACCAGCUACACGCAUUACACCAGGUGGAAGGAUCGUUACAGUGCGAGAUAAUAUUAUCAAUAUGAUGGAAAAUGGAAAUAAAGUCAAAGGAGGAAAAAUAGAGAAUAGUAAUAAGAAAAACUCUGAAGAAAGUACAGUACGACAUAUUUCUGAAGCAGAAAAACGUACAGAAGAAAAUAAAUGCAAAUCUGAUCCAACUAACGGAAAUAACGAUAAUGCUACUAAUGGUGCUUUACCACCAAAUCGAAUUAAGGGACUCGUGGCGGUACUCGUUAGAUUCCCUUCAGGGCGAAAAGUUGCUCUGAAUUUAUCACCUGAUAAUACCAUAGCAGAUCUUCGAAAAGAAUUAAAAAUUGCUUUACCUUCCUUCAACAAGAACUAUGAUAUACGUUUGUCUUUCCCUGCUGUAACCUAUAGUGAUGACAGGAAAACGCUGCGGGAGUUGGGUCUACUAACAAAUUGUACACUUAUGGUUCAACCACGUGAGCGUGCUACUACUAGCGUUUGA